UUUUUCUAUUAGAUGCCCACACUUUCCCUUCAGUUUUAUGUGUUUUUUUAUCCGCCCAAAAAAACAGUUAAAAUGAACUCUAUGAAAGGCACUUUGCACAAAUGGACAAACUACAUAUCAGGAUGGCAGCCUAGAUGGUUUGUGUUGGAGUCUGGUGUGCUCUCCUACUAUAUCUCACCAGAAGAGGUCACUCAGGGGUCACGAAGGUCAUACAAGGCUGCGUCAUGUCACAUCAAUGUUGACAAGCACGAUGAGCUGCGUCUCCAGGUCGUGACCCCUGAUAAGGACACCCUCUACCUGAGGGCAGGGGAUAAGACUGAGAAGCAGCGCUGGGUAGUAGCACUAGCCUCCGCUAAACUAGAGGACCACCAAGUCGACGCCCCUGAUCGCCAGGAGGCAGUCCCCAAGGGCCCUCCUACUAAGAGCAAGAGCACGCAGCUGAGGGAGACUUGUAAUCAUCUCCUCACGCAAGUCCAGGGCAUUAAGAUGGCCGCCACGCAAACACCACCGGAUGUGGAGUCCCUGCAAGCCAUGGCUAGUACACUGUCCAUCAGAUGCGACGAUUUCUUGCGACUGACACAAGAGUGUUUGGAACUAAGCCACACCCACAGUGCACCCGUGACCCCUGUAGGAGUGGGCGGAAACAUCAACUUCAUUGGAAUCUCCUCGCGUGCUAAGAGGGGUAGUGCUAGCGAUGACGAAGCUCGACUGCAACGCCCACGGCACAAACAGCACAGCCCCACGUCCUCACUACCCACACACCUCACAAUUUCACAUAGCAAGUCCGAUAAAGAAAAAGAAAAGAACGAAGCUUCGAAAGCAACUGAACAAUCAAAAGAAAAUAUCGAAAUAUCUGCUCACGGAAGUCCCGAAGUUUUUAUCACUCCCACUAACUCCCCUCAUGAUAGCCCGCCCCCGUCACCAACUCCACAGACUCACACGCCCACACAAGUACAACUUCACAGCCCACCCACUCCACCAAUUCCAGACUUUCACACGCCCACACACCCACAGCUCCACACAAUUCGUAGCCGUGCAAUAGCCAAUCAGAAUCAACGACCGAUGUUCGUAAAUGUACAGCAACAAGAUAUCGCACAAGACAGAAAAUGUGACACGUUUUUCUCGCGAUCAACAUGUCAGUUUGGGGCCAUUGUAUUGGAGGAAGAUGAUCUUAUUCCAACUAAAGUGUUUCUUGAGUGUGCUGAAGCACUGCUGCCUUUCUUUGAUGUCCUCAGUCCCACAGCUUUCGCUCCAGUCAAAGCUGACCUUGGCGGCAACGUUAAGAAAACCUUAGGUAAGUACGAGGAAGACCCUACUCGUUACACUACACUCCAAGUGAUGAUGACUCAUGAGAUAGAGACAGAUACAGCUGGGACUGACUCAGCCACUGAGUCACUGCUCUGGUUGAAACGGGGUAUGGAGUUCAUCUACUUGUUCCUAGCAGAGUUGGCUAGAGGAGAGACAGCUAUGGAUAUAGCAGCAGGGAAGGCUUACUCCAAAUCAUUAAGCAGACAUCACAACUGGAUGGUCAGGGGAAUGUUUAGUUUUGCCACCAAGGCGUUACCUUAUCACCCUGACUUCAUGGUUCUCCUCGGCGCUGACAGAAGUGACGAAUCAGUCCAGCAAGUCAUCCAGGACAUGGGAAUAUUUGCUCAAAACUUGGGGGAAAUUUGUGUUAUAUUGGACCAGUUCUUAGUGCGUAAAAACAUUGAAACUGAAAGUUAAUAAUAAUUAUGUAUCGUUAAAAAG